UUAAGUGCAGUUGUUGCUUACGAUUCUUUAGCCGAUGAAAGGGGUUUAUAAAAAUGUUUACAACUCUAAGGUGCAGACACCUUGUUUCUAAGCUAGUUGCAGUUGAACAGAUAAAACUAGGCCAAAUAUGCUUUUAUUCCUCAAAUAACGAUGACAAAUCUCCUCUGAAUGGCAUCAGAGUUUUGGAUCUUACUAGAAUAAUCGCUGGUCCAUAUUGCACCAUGAUACUUGGUGAUCUGGGAGCUGAAAUUAUUAAGAUUGAACAGCCAGGAGUUGGAGAUGAGGCUCGCAAGUGGGGACCACCGUUUAUCAACAACACAAAAGAAACUGCCUAUUUUGCUAGCGUCAAUCGUAACAAGAAAAGUGUGUGUAUUGAUCUGAAGAAAGGCCUGGACAUUGUCAUUGAAUUAGCUAAACAGAGCGAUGUGUUGAUAGAAAAUUACGUACCUGGAAAGCUAGCAAAGAUGGGCUUAGGCUACCAUCAACUAAAAGAUGUGGCCCCUCGCUUGAUAUACUGUUCCAUAACCGGCUAUGGAUCAGAAGGACCUUACGCGAGUAGGCCAGGAUAUGAUGUUAUAGCAGCUGCUAUAGGAGGUCUUAUGCACAUAACUGGGCCAAAAGACGGUCCUCCGUGUAAGGCUGGUGUUGCAGUGACAGAUUUAGCUACUGGACUGUAUGCUCAUGGAGCAAUUAUGGCGGCUCUUUUCCAGCGCAUGAAGACUAAUAAAGGACAGUGGAUUCAGUGUGAUCUCCUAUCUACCCAAGUGGCCAGCUUAAUAAAUAUUGGCUCAAAUUAUCUCAAUGCUGGUAAAGAAGCUACAAGAUGGGGCUCUGAACAUGAAAGUAUUGUCCCUUAUGAAGCUUUUCCAACAAAAGAUGGUUAUAUCACCAUUGGAACCGGAAGUGAUUUGCAGUUUCAAGAUCUUAUGAAAAAAUUAGAUCUUUCUGAACUGCUUGAUAAUGAUAAAUAUAAAAAUAACAUCAACAGAGUGAAGAAUAGAGACGAAUUGUUGAAGAUUCUAAGAGAAAAGCUGAAACAGAAGACAAAUAAAGAAUGGAAUGAAAUUUUAAAAAAUUCAACAUUCCCUUAUGGGCAGAUUAAUACAAUAAAACAAGUAUUUGAAGAUCCACACGUACAACACAUGAAAAUAGUUAAAGACAUGGAUCAUCCUAUUGCUGGAACAGUAAAAGUUGUGGGUCCACCAGUAUGGUAUUCAUAUGCAAAGAAUGCUGUAAGACUUGCUCCACCAACGUUAGGACAACAUACAUUUGAGAUUUUGAAGGAAAUUUACAAUAAAGAGACUCUACAAAAGUUGAAAGAGAACAAAAUAAUAAGCUAAUAUUUUUAAAAUGUUAUGUAUUAAAUAAAGUAUUAAUAAAUUUAUAAUUGAAUGCAUAUCACGUAACUAUGCAAACUUGAAGAUCAUUUAUCUGGCAACAUUUUAUCAAAAAUCAAAAU